UCGCGGACAGAGGGGAGUCGUUGACUCGAGCCUCUGAGCAGAUAGUAUUGUGCCGUUGGCUCAUGCCGUAGUGGUCUUAACACUAGCAGGUCCUUGCUACCAAGGAAAUCCCGGAGACCCGCCUGUCACGCGCACGUAUUCGUGUGCCGCGAGGACCCGGAAGUUCCUCCGGUGACGUGUCGUGGCCGGGAAAGUGUCGCAAAAUAUAAUUCGGUGAUUUAAUCCCAACGUGCACAGAAUUUUGGAGUACACCGAGAAGAAACACUCCCGUGAAUUGUGAGACUGCCAGUGACGUCACAGAUCAAAGACUCUAUGAUGGAUUUUUGGAAAGACGUUGUUCUCGUGGAAGAUCGUCAGUCUUCAAUCGACGAGCUUAGCAAGUGAAGGACUGUUUAUAUAUUCAUACAUGGUGAAAUCGACACUUGGAGUCAUCAAUCGUGGAUGUAUGAUCGAUAUAUUAUAGCCUAAUUUGUGAUACUGAUUGAAUUUAGUUAGAAAGGUCGUUUAGAAGCUGUGACAACGUCGUUAAGCUGGCCGACGGCUGGUGGAGUUCUACCAGUCACCUAUUUGACAGGCAACUUAGUGCAUAAAAAAAUUUAAGAAAUAUGUGUAACACUGUUAUCUGCACUUUGAACUACAGAAUUGAUCUAUAGAUCUUGAAAGCGAAAACGAAAAAACAUGAAGAAUAUGUAAAAUAAAAUAUUGCAAUUAGGAAGCAAAAUAUAAAAAUCUCGAACCGUUGAAUCAUUGUUUUGGAUGACUGUUCUUUAAGAUCACUGCUUUCCAAGAAGAUCAACGCUCGGGAUGGAUCUAGGUAAUGACCUAAAAGACUUAGAAUGGAAGAUACAAAGACCUAUUUGAGACGGCGAGAUCAGAAUUUUCGUGAGCGUCUUAAUGAUCAUCACAAACGCGUGACUUAUAGGCAAUGAUAGUCCAUGGAUGAUGUGUCAAUGAUCAUGCUUCGAAGGGCCUGAAAUGGAAAACGUAAAUUUGCGUUGACUGGAAACGUCUAACGGUAUCAGAUAUCCCCUGCAUUCUUGACAGACACAUGAUUCCAGUGUACCAGUGAUUAAGUGACUCUUCCUCUUUUGUGGUGAUCGGGGCUUCGUUGAUCCUGAGGAUUGAUGCGAGCGCACUGAUCGCUCUCCGAGGGAGAGACGAGCGCCGGCGAGUUGGUACCGAAGAUGGUCUUGGAACCUGGAGGCGGUCUGUCCUUUCCGUUGCCCCCCGGCAGCGGCUCCAGCGCCUCCGGAGGAUCCUUACUGGCCCCUACCAGAUUGUUUCAAAGAACGACGCCUGUGUUUCCAUUCCACUUGACAGGAUGGCCGCCGCAUCAUCCGGUUCUGGGUCAGGUGCAGAGCCAGGUCCAGCAGAGCAUGCAGGCACAGCAUCAGGCCGCUGCCGCAGCGGUCAGAUUCCUCAGUCAUCAUCAUCCGCAUCAUCCGCAUCCAACGUUGAGCAAUCAUUCCCUGGUACCGGCGAUCACUGGGCAUCAUCCUAGUGUACAUCAUCUGCAUCAUGCGACUGAUCAUGGAGAGGAAGAGGACGAAAAGAAAGGUUGCGACGGGGAAUCGGACGAAGGCGGCAACAAGAGGCGAAGAAGCAGGACUAACUUCAACAGUUGGCAGUUGGAGGAAUUGGAACGGGCCUUCCUGUCGAGUCAUUAUCCCGACGUCUUUAUGCGAGAAGCACUGGCUGUGAGACUCGAGCUAAAAGAGAGCCGCGUGGCAGUGUGGUUUCAAAAUCGAAGGGCAAAGUGGCGGAAGAAGGAACACACGAAGAAAGGUCCCGGAAGGCCGGCGCAUAAUGCUCACCCUCAAAGCUGCAGCGGCGAACCUAUCCCACCCGAGGAGCUGAGACGGAAAGAGCGCGAGAGGCGACAGAAGAAGUUGCUGAAAGCUCUCGAGAGACAGCAGCGGAAGCUCGCUGCUAAAGGCAUAACAGUAGAUUUAUCGACAUUGCGUGCCGAGUGGGAGUCUCGUAGCGAGGCGGGUCGCAGUUCCACGAGCGGUCCUCUGAGCAACUCGUUCGGCUCGCUGGGCCUGAGCAACGAAAGCAACAACAUAUCCGGUAACGAUGCCAACGAGGAGAUCGACGUGGUCGGCGGACUGGACUCCUGCAGCGAGAGCGGCAGCGAGCGGGUGGACUCGGUGGCCGACGGUUCCGUGGACGGUGAAUGUUUCCCGGCGCUCAACAGUAACGCGAGUGAGACCAGCGAGCCCCGGAAGAACCCGCAGAGUCUGCCGAUGGAGCACCUGAACCACCAACCCGGUAUCCAUCACUGGGGCUUGAGCCUACUGGAGCGACGGCGCGAGCUGGUGGGAGUCGGGGCGGGUCGUCAACCGGCCGGUAACGGCGCCAGGAAUCUGAUCAGGCAGGCCGCCAGCGAGGAGGAGGUCCAGAGCGGCAGCAUUGAUCUCUCGGUGAAGGGCAGGGAGGAGAGGAAGAGGCUGAACCCGUUCUCCAUCGACAGCCUGUUGGGGAACAAUCGGACUGGCGCGGCGUCGGAUCGUAGGCCAGCGACGCCGACGUCGCCGACGUCUCCCGUAUCGUCGGCCUGCACAUCGCCCUCUACGACGUAGUGAACCAGGCGGGGAGAGAGACGCCGAGGUGCGCCGGAUUAAAAGUUGACGUGGUGGUCGAGGGUGGCGAAGAGCGCGAUUAGAGAGGUGAGGGGGUAAACUCCUCGUCGAGAUUACCAGUGACGGUGAAGUGACCAUCGGAUGAGCGAAGACUGAAGGCGUGAAAAGCGGAACUGGUACUCCUGAUCGUGAAAUCGCGCGGAAGGAUUAGCUACGGUAACAUCCCCGUUUCUGCCAGGGUUCCCUGUCGCUUGGACUGAAAUCGCUAGAUUCAUGGAUAUCCUCGCGUACUUGUAGACAUUCUCACGUCCGUCGGUGAACGAGCGUUUAGAUUCUUAAUAUCUCUGAGAGUCUGCAUAUGAAUUCAAAGCCGUAGAUAAUUGAAGGAGGGAAAAGAGAAAAUGUAGAUAGAUCAAGUAUUGGAGGGAUUGAAAAAUUCGCAAGUUAGUCGAUUAAUUAUGCAAUUUUGGGGCUCUUUGGAUCUAGAGGAAUUCGAGAAUCUAAACUUCGCGCCAUCGGCACGGACCGGCAAGACUUAUAUCAGUUCGACAUAUCGAAUGCAUGCGUGACCGUCGUAGAUCGAGUGCGUUUGAUUUCGUCCAUUGUGUCUCCUUUCAAAGAAGAGAAUGGAAAAAAUGUGCAAUAAACGCGGACAUUGCUCGCCGGCAGGCGGCUUGUCCGUCUUUGAGGUAAGGCAGCAAAAGCGAAAAAGGAAGAAUGAGAGAGAGAGAAAGAGAGAAUGAGAGAGAGAGAGAGA